AUGAUUUACCUUGACGGCGAUAUACAAGUUUUCGAAAACAUUGACCAUUUACUAUUUGAUUUGCCAAAUAACUAUUUAUAUGCUGUGAUAGAUUUUCAUUUUUAUUCGUCAACAACUUUCGAUACGGAUUCGAAAGCAAGUCGGAAUAGAAAAGAGCAGCAAAAACUGAAUAAACCAACUUCCUUUGCUGAACAGGAGUUUUUGAACAUGUACUUCAAUGACAAGUAUAAGCGGAUUCCUAAUGUUUAUAAUCUUGUGCUGGCUAUGUUGUGGAGUCACCUUGAGAAAGUUAAAGUGGUUCAUUACUGUGCAGCUGGUUCUAAGCCUUACUAUAUGUGA